GAGUUGACGUUGAAAAUACCUCUACGGCUCUACACAUACACAUUUCAAACUUGAACAUUUGUUCUCAUCUUAUCUUUCUGAAAUCUCUCUCUAAAAAACUUAUGGCUUUAGUGAAAGAGUUAGAGCACCUUAAAAUCUCAUUAGAUGCCAUAAAUCUAGCCACCAAUAGCUUCGGUGUUGAGAAUUUCAUUGGGGUUGGCGGGUUCGGCAAGGUAUACAAAGGAGAGAUAACCGACAAGAAAGGUCUAACCCAAACAGUCGCAAUAAAGAGGUUAGACCGUAAACAUGGACAAGGCGAACAUGAGUUUCUAACAGAGAUAAUGAUGCUCUCCCGUUAUCGUCACAAGAACCUUGUCUCUCUAUUAGGAUUUUGUGACGAGGGAGAGGAAAAAAUCCUUGUUUAUGAGUACGAAUUUAAUGGGAGCCUCGAAAAGUAUCUUAGUAGCAAUGAUCUUACGUGGGUUCAACGUCUCAAGAUAUGCAUUGGGGCAGCUCGUGGACUUGAGUAUCUUCACAAUCCUUUUGGGACGCAACAAAGAGUAUUGCACCGAGACGUGAAGAGCUCUAAUGUUCUUUUGGACCACUUUUGGGAAGCUAAGAUAUCCGACUUUGGGUUGUCUAAAAUCGGGCCGGCAAAUCAAGAGUUCACGUUUCUAGUCUCUACUGUGGUUGGGACAUUAGGGUAUUGUGAUCCACUUUACGCAGAGACGGGGAUAUUGACGAAGGAGUCUGAUGUGUAUUCAUUUGGCGUUGUUUUGUUUGAAGUUCUGUGCGGUAGGUUGUGCAUUGGGAAUCGUGAUGAUGAUCCCAAUAGGCUAUUAGCAAGACUUGCACAACGUUGCUAUGAAAAAGGAACGCUGGAAGACAUUAUCUUUAAUGGUUUACGCGAACAAAUGGAACCAAAGUCUUUAGAAGCCUUUUCUUCCAUUGCAUAUCAGUGCUUGCGAAGAGAGCGUGAAGAGCGUCCCACUAUGGCUGAUGUGCUUGCAGAACUUGAACAGGCAUUUGAAUAUCAAGAAAAUCAUGAAAGCGGAAAACCCAUGGAAUAUGAAGAAAUAAUCCAGAUGGCUGAUAGUGAACAUCCCUUAGUAUACACAAAUAAAAAGGAACUCAAAUUGCUACUAUCUUCAGGAGUUCUUAUUGAUUGGGGUAAAAGGUGGUUUUCGUUGAGCAAGAACGAACUCAACUGUGAGAUGAUUUCUGCAUCAGAGUUUUCAUUCAAAGGUUCUGAAAGUGUUGAAUGGGUUCCUCAUCCCAAAUCAAGGUUUUUAGAGGUAGCAAAGAUUGAAGAUUCACACGAUAUGAAUAUAGAGGUUGAUAUAGAAACAUUUUUCUUGUCCCCUGGGAUUACAUAUGCAGCCUACUUGGUGUUCAAGUAUUGUAAUACUUCAUAUUUUCAAGAACCAGAGAUGUCAAGUCAACCAAUAUUUGUUGGUUUAAAGUACAAACUCAAGGAGGCAGAGGAGUCAUCUAGAUCUCACCUUGCAGACCAUACAAAUGACGGAUGGAUGCUAAUUGAACUGUGCCAAUUCUUAACUUGUAAAAAAGUCACAAAACUUGAGGUUUCGUUGUACAGUUUUUUUGGUUAUACAAGUGUUCUUUUGGAAGGCAUCCAGUUCUUGCCUGUUGAGCAGGCAAUAAUUGACGAGUCAAUACAAGUCGAGAAUUUACAUACCAACCCGACAAAUGGGGAACAUAAACUACCAAGUGAUUAUCGGCACAUAAUCAAGAUGGCAAAAGAUCCUGUGCCAUACAAGAUCACUCACAGGGAACUCUACUUGCUGCUUUCCAAUGGGAUCCUCAUAAAUAAAGGCCAAGCGUUCUUUUAUCUGAACCAAGAUGGGUUGAAAUGUUGUCUGCAAGCAGCAAGUGCAGUUGUAAAAUACCAUGAAUCGCUUGAGACUUUUCAUUGGAUAUCUGUACGUGAAUCAAGGUUUGAGAAGGUGGCAGUAUGUCAAUCUGGCUAUGAAUUUCGUAUAAAUUGCAAUACCAACUCCCACAUGCUGUCACCAAAUACAACAUAUGCAAUUUACCUUGUAUACAAAUUGCCAAAAGACAUCCAUGGGGUGUUUGAAUGUCCUCUAGAAGUAAAAAAAUUUCACCGCUAUCCUGAAAAUGAAACGAAACUUUUUUUAUUAACUAGCCCAAAAACCCCAGUAAUUGGUCAGGGACAUGGAAAGAACCUGUUGAAUAGACCAAAGAUCGACGAGAUUCCGCAAGAAAGAAAAGAUGGUUGGAUGGAGGCUCAGAUAUGGUCAUUUAUAACAGAUGCUGCUCCUAGUAGUAUAAACAAAGAACUGGAGGUGAGCCUUUGUGAUUAUCAAGAGAAACUUACUGGGCUUAUUGUGGAAGGAAUUGAGAUCAGACCCAAAUAAAUUGUAGUAAUUGUGAUAUCAGAUCAAACUUGGUGCUGUCAAGAUUUAUGAACUUUAGACGUUUGUGUUUUGCUUUUUUUCUUUCCUUCAUCUCCGGAACAAAAUUAGAUUGAGUGCAUUUGCAUAUUGUCAAACUGAACAUACACAAAAGCAACUAGAUAACCAACAAAGUUCAUUAUGUACUACAUGUUUACAAGUUGAAGUUAGUAAUACCAUCUCCUGUUUUCUUA